GCUCCUUUGAAACAACAUAGACGAUCCUCCCUGGAUAAUGCAUCUAAAACCGUUCCGACCGCUACGGAUUCCGAUAUAACCGAUGUCGGGAAUACUGCCAUACAGGAACCGCUUCAAGAAAAUGGAAAUCACAGCGCUGAACUGUAUCGGGAACAUCUUUCCAAGGCCUCUGAAGUGUGCAGAAAGAAUGCAAAAUUUGAUUUCUUCCAGCUGUUGGAUGCGAAGUCCCACUCUGCCGCUUGUAUGCUCGGUAUUGACGAGGCAGGUCGUGGACCGGUGCUUGGUCCAAUGGUAUACGCCUGUGCCGUGGCUCCCAUCAAUCGCUUGAAUCAGUUAAAAGCUCUUGGGCUCGCAGGUUAG